CAAUUUCAUACAAAUUUAUUACUGCUUGUACAUUCAUCAAAUGUAUUGUAUUAUUACAAUGCAUAAAUCUCAAAUAGAGUAUUAAUUACAGUAUCAAAAAUUAGUUUUGAUGUCAAUUUUAAUCGAUAAAAACAGUCUUCUUUUUGAAAAAUUGUUUUUCUUUGUUGUAGCUCCACUCAUAUCUUCCAAUUUUAUACCAUUUUCAACCUUGCAAAACCCUAAACCAGAAAUCCUCCAAACAUGAACAACAUUCGCAGAACAUCCAAUCUCAUUCACAUUAAACCCACAUUACUCAAAUCAAACCCAUCAAUUUCAUCUUCUCUUCAACAAACCCUAAAAAAUGCUCUAAUUUUCGUAAGAUCAAUGUCAAAAAAAUCCACUUCAAUUCCCAAAAAUCAACUUAGAGUAAGAGAUCAUGCUUUUGAUAAUUACAUGGAAGUCGAGAAGAAGAUCAGAAAAGUUCUCAAAUUCCAGGAAUUAAUCAUCGAUCAACCCCAGCAAUGCAUCCCAGUUGCGCGCCUUGAUUUCCUAGCUCGCCGAAUUGGGUUCAAAAGAGAUGAAGCAGGCAAGUUUGUUCUUAAAUUACCUAAAAUUUUUGAAAUUUAUGAGCACCCAGUUCAAAGAAUUCUUUAUUUGCGUUUUACUAGAAAUGCCCUUUUGCAAAUUGAACAAGAAAAGCAUGCUAUUAAUGCCAAUAUACCUGAUGCUGUUACUCGCCUUCGAAAGCUCUUGAUGUUGUCGAAUUCGGGUCGGCUUCAUCUUGAACAUAUUAGGAUUGCCCGUAGAGAUUUCGGGCUCCCGGAUGAUUUUGAGUAUUCUGUAGUGCUUAAGUAUCCACAGUAUUUUAGGUUGUUUGAUGCAAAAGAUUGUAUGAGCAAGUACAUUGAGAUUGUAGAGAAAGACCCGAGGUUGGCGGUUUGUGCUGUUGAUAGAGUUAGGGAGAGUGAGUAUAGGAAGAAGGGGAUUGAUGAAGAGAGUACGAGGUUUUCGUUCGUUGUGAAUUUCCCACCCGGGUUUAAGAUUGGGAAGUAUUAUAAGAUUGCAAUGUGGAAGUGGCAAAGGAUUCCGUAUUGGUCGCCUUAUGAGGAUGUUUCGGGGCAUGAUAUGAGGUCACUCGAGGCUCAGAAUAGGAUGGAGAAACGGGCUGUGGCGAUGAUUCAUGAAUUGCUGUCAUUGACUGUUGAGAAGAAGAUUACAUUAGAGAGGAUUGCACAUUUUAGGGUCCCCAUGGACUUGCCCAAGAAACUUAAAGAUUUCCUACUCCAGCAUCAGGGGAUAUUUUACAUCUCUACAAGGGGGAAUCAGGGUAAGCUUCAUACUAUUUUUUUGAGGGAGGCUUAUAGAAAGGGGGAUUUGGUAGAGCCAAAUGAUGUGUACUUGGCUCGCAGAAGGUUGGCUGAAUUGAUCCUGGUGAGCCCCAGAAUGGCAUCUUUGGGCAGAGAGUUGGUCAGUUAUACAAGGCCUAGGGAUGAUGUAACUGGGAGUCGUAAAGAGCAAAUCAAUGAUAGUGACAAUUUCAGACGAGAUAGGGUGGGCGAGCCUGAUUUGGACUCAGAGUCAGGUAGUGAUGUGGAAUCAUGUUUCAGUGAUGAAGGUGAGGAUGAGGAUGGUCAUCAUGUUAGGGAUACACAAGCUGCUCGUUGAACUGAGUGAAUGGAAACUAAGGAAUGUUUUUUUAUUAUUUAAUUUGCGGUUCUGUGAUGACUUCAUGGCUGGUGCUAAGUGAUGUUUGCAUAACCGAAUUGGCACAAGGAAUUUUCAAAGGAGCUGACAAUCUCUUGUUAGAAUCAUGUUUAUGAAGGUAAGUACUCUGCAUGGAAACAGAUCAUUUUGCCGGUAACUUGGUCCUUUUUAUGUCUUCUAUCAAUGGCCAGUGCUAAGUGAUGUUUGCAUAACCGAAUUGGCACAAGGAAUUUUCAAAGGAGCUGACAAUCUCUUGUUAGAAUCAUGUUUAUGAAGGUAAGCGCUCGGCAUGGAAACAGAUCAUUUUGCUGGUAACUUGGUCCUUUUUAUGUCUUCUAUCAAACACAACACUGUAUUUGCCCUAUUAAGAGGCAAUUGCUACAUAUUUCUACAGCUGAACUUUGAUACUUAUCUCAACACUUUUUAUUCCGUGCAUUGUUCAUUUCUAUCCCUCUUGGCUGCUGGUAAGUACUAGACUGGUUAAUCAAUGAUUUUAUGAUGGAAUUUUUCAUUCGUGAAAUAGGUUUUCUUGAAAAUAAUUUGAGCAUUUCUGCUAUAUAUCUUUUCUUGUUCCCAAUGCAUUCUAUUCAAUUUGAUCUUGGCAUUUUCAGAAAACAGCUUUGGUAUUUUUCUGUAUGCCUGAACUUUUGCCAUUUCUUUAAUGAUGUAUAUCUUUGUCUUAUGUGCAUCUGAAUGCUGCUGUGUAUUCUUCAAUACCUUUGGAAGAUUCUAGUAUAAUAGUAUAUCACCUUAAUUGGUUGACAAAGUGGAAUGUUGUCAUUUAGAAAGCAGUUUCUCUGUGGGUUUUGUGAUAUAUAUGAGACUAUGAGAGUUAAGGCUGUAUAUAUCUCGAUAUCCCCAGAGCUUGCUGUUGUUGAGGUUGCAUAAGGCUAUUGUUGUUGCUGUCCAAUUUGUGAGAUCCAACAGCUGUGAAUGAUAAAGUUGCCUGUGAGGUUCAAGGCCCUUCAAGCCCUUUCCUUUAUUUAUUUGUCUACUUAUUUAAAUUAUAAUAUAGGUUGAGCUAUUCUGAAGGCCUAACAACGUCAUAAUUCUUGCAAGAUUAAUUACUUAAAUCUUGAUCAUAAAUACAAUGAGAGCUCUUAUCCUAUAUACAUCUGUUUAUUGUUUUUCUGGUUAAGAAUUUUGAGAUUACCAUUAAAUUCUUCCAACAAGAAAGAUUUAUCUUGUUUAUUUAUCUCUCUUUUAUCUGUGCUCUUGUUUCAUAUAAAAUCAGCAAUUCUCCCUUUUAGAUGUUUUUCUGUAUCGGAACAUAUGGUUCCUUGUUCCGCAUUCACGAAGUUCUCCCCUCUUGUCCAGUUUUCUCCUUUUCCCCUUACCUUCAGAUAGUCCAUACCAACAACAGUGCCAUUCAAUGGUUAUAUCAAAACACACAGUUACUGAUGCAGGCUUCUUGGAAGAGGGCCAGUAUACAGUAUCGUGUACAGAUUUUUGCUCACGACUCCAAUUAUGCAGGGAGAAAUGUAAACUUUUGUUACUCUGUACCUUCUUUUUUCCAUCUUAACAUUUCUUGUGUACUGAACCUCUUUAAAUUAUAGGAUAAACCACUGCCCUUGUUCAUCUCUAUGUGUUCUAACUUCUAAGCAAUUUGACAUUCAUGUUAGACUAGCAAAAGGCAAAAAUUCUAGGUAAAAGUUCACUUUGUUUUCCAGUAUGAGCCGGAGUACAUAUAUAGUUUUUCUAGUGAUAAAUCUUAUCUUGUUUCUUCUCUUUAUUUCAUUAUUAGCAUUAAUAACACUAUUUUUUUUUUGUGUAGGUGAUGCUAAUGCUAGAAUGCCAGUGUGUUAUCUUUUUUCUUUUGUAUGUUGAUCUGAAAUUUGCCAGUUAGGCAGCAAUAUUACCAUGCUCUUCACUUGUGAUAGAACUUGGGGAAUCUUGGAGGGCAUUGCUUGUCUACUCAUGCAGAAAUGAACAAGUUCAACUAUUGCGAUGCAUGCCCUGGAAGAAGUAGAUUGUGAAACUGACGUGAGCAUCCGUGAGAAGAGAAGACCUAAAAUCCUUAUUUUCAAAGUCAAGACUGAAAUUAUACUGCUGAAGUCAUGGAUCAUAUUCUGCAUAAAGCCAUAAACUGACUGAAGACUUUAAGACGACAUUAACUUUGGCUUUAACCAACGAGGAAUUCUUGGUCUCAAGUAGGUAGAGACCAAGGAGGUCUAUAGUAAGGUUAUUUUCGUAAUUAAACGAAAAGUAAAAAAAAAAAGGGGGGGUACCUUAUCUGUGAGUACUAACGAUAUAUAUAUAGACAAUACCAUCCUAAAUAAUUUCAAAAUACCAUCCUACAACGUGUUGGUAUCAUCAUAGUACUGCAGUUGGUAUCAUAUUAAACAAAUAUUAUUGUUGGUAUAAGUAGCUUUGUAGUUGGGAUCCUAAUUAAAAUUUUGUUGGUAUUUAGCUGCGUUCGGUUGGUAUCAGAGCCAUAACGGUUAAAAAGCUAAAUUAAGUUAUAAAUAAUUAAGUAAAACUGAAGAAUACUAGGCCC